CUGAUCGUCUGCCUGACAACCUGCUAGCCUCGACCAUCCACUUGUUGGCUUCACAUAGUGAAACAGUUGGGAUGAGGGAUUUUCAGCUAUUCUUUGAAUUCCGCAGUCGGCUGAACCUAUAAGCAGGCACACAAUCCAAGCACACGAAUUCGCGGUCAUAGACGAAAGUGCGGAUGGAAAAAGAAAGAUAUACAGCCUAACUACUCUCCUCAAUCUUGGGUCAUUUUUCAAUGAAUAUCAACUGGAUACUUACCAGCUAGUAUCCGUACAUUGAGUCUCCGCAAGAAGGAUCAUCUUAUAGAUCUGAUUCGAAGGACCCACGGGACCAGCUACUAGUAGACAGGCCCUCGAUUCUGCUCCAUUCAAUUCUCAGUCAAUAGCAGUCUCGUGUUAUCGCUGCCAUAUUGCAACCAUGACGAGCAUUUUCCUGUUCUGCACCUCCAACGUGCCAGCAAACACGAUCAACCAAUUCAUGACAGAAUUCGCCGACGCCAGCGAAGACCCAAACAUCUUCUGUCUAGUCCGCACUCCCGACCAGGAACAGUUCGAUGAAUGGGGCACCGAACCACCCGUGCAAGACUUCACGACUGGCUUUGAAAACGCCUCUGAUUCUGCUCUCCGCCUCUACACACAGAAUCGAAUCGAUGAACUCAAGGAUGCAGGCAAGGCCGGCGGGCUAACACCCGGAUGGUUGGCUAAGCUUGACGAGCGAUCCCGGCACGACUCGACCGUGGUUCUGCAAUACCGCAAGAUCAAAGCCAACUGGGCACAGGCGUUGGAAGAUGCUGAAGAGCAGUUCCAAAUCCCCGGUCAGGCGGAUGUUGAUGAUCAGAAUAUCUGGUGGAAGUGGCGUGUGCCAUUUGCGGAUGCUUUCCAGCUGUUUAACAGCGUCGAUGAGGGUGUCCCGGAUAUGAUUCGACUGUUUACCCGGCCAGAGUUUAUGGACUCGGAGGGUGUGCUUCAUGUGGAUGUCCCACGUCAGAUCAUCAAGGGGGAGAUCCCAGAUCCCAUUACAGAGAGUGCAAGCUGAGGUUUUGCUGGUCUACCUCUCAUCUCGGCAAAUUGUUUAUCUUACCCCUGCCCAUCUCCCAAAAUCUUAUGUAACAGAAAUCGGCUAUACAGUCGUCAACACAUCCAAGACUCAAUGGACGUACUCCGUAGACUUAAAUUGCCUUGAUGGGAGUGGAUGGUGUGACGUGACACAACUUUGUGGCUGACGUCCCAAGCCUUAAGUUGACAUAUGGCACUGUGGAUUGCCACAAACCUCCAUCUUUGAUAAUAUCUAAGCACUGCCUGUUUUAGUCGCUCCAAUCCUAGGAAUCCAACGUCUGUAAGCGAUAGAUGAGCCUCAUGAU